AUGUCCCAGGCGCCUCGGGGCAAGGUCCCAUACAUCGAAUUCACUCCGAACGGGCAAGAUAGACCUUUAGCACUGGGUGACUCUUCUCUUAUUAUCCAGCAUCUUGUGGAUAACAAUAUCUGUGAAGACCUGAACGAGUCACUACCACCCGCUGCAAGAUCCCAUGACAUGGCUCUAAGGGCUUUGUUUGAGGAGAGAUUGUACUUUUAUCAAAGUAUGGAGCGGUGGCACGACAACUACGAGACGAUGAGAUCCGGGGUGAUGGGCGCAAUUCCUUGGCCAAUUCAACCUCUGAUCGGGCUGCUGGCCUAUCGUGGUCUAACUCGAACGCUGGACGGACAAGGCACUGGGAGGUUUACGAGUGCCGAAGUUGCCAGCUUUCGGCAUGAUGUCUGGGACAAUGUCAAUGCGUUGUUAGCCGAGCCACGCCUCACAGUGCCUAGCCCAAAUGCACCAUUCUGGAUAUUGGGCGGUUCAGAGCCUUCAGAGGCCGAUGCUCCGGCCUUAGCUCCGGAUACUCAAAGAGUCAUUCGAAGCUACCCAGUGCUAGUUGACUACGCGAAGAGGAUCCAUGAGCACUACUUCAGCGAAUAUCAACUUUGGGAAGACGACAUGUAA